AACUCGAGUUUAGCUUGAUCGAGCUAAAGCACUAGGGUUCCUAGUUCCUGCCCUCGCUUCACUCGAUAAAAAUAUCUAUCUGCACCGCCGCCGCGCUUCUCCCUUCUCGCUUCAUCGGAGUGGUAGAUAGAAAGAGAGAUGGAGGAGAUUGGAGAGAUCGAAAAGCCGAUAUUCAGAGACAUUAGGCGUUAUUUCUGUGAUUUUUGCGGCAUCUGCAGGUCCAAGAAGUCCCUUAUUACCUCUCACAUCCUCGCUCAUCACAAGGAAGAGAUGGGAGAGAUUGAAGUUGAUGGGGAAGAGAAAAUAGAGGGAAAUAAAUCUAAUGCUUGCUCAGAAUGUGGUGCAGCUUUCAGUAAACCCGCGUAUCUGAAGCAACACAUGCAAAGUCAUUCACUUGAGAGGCCGUAUACUUGUCCAGUUGAUGAUUGCCAUUCCAGUUACAGAAGAAAGGACCACUUGACUCGCCAUCUUCUUCGGCACCUAGGUAAACUAUUUAAGUGUCCAAUCGAGAGAUGCAACCUUGAAUUUUCAUUCCAAGGCAACAUGAAAAGGCACAUGAAAGAAUUCCAUCGCGAGGAUUGCUCUUCCCCUGAUACUGAAUGCCAGAAGCAGUAUAUCUGCCUGGAAGUCGGUUGUGGAAAGGUUUUCAGAUUUGCGUCAAAGCUGCAAAAGCAUGAGGAAUCCCAUGUUAAACUAGACUCGGUGGAGGCAUUCUGCUCCGAGCCUGGUUGUAUGAAUUAUUUUGCAAACGAUAAAUGCCUUAAGGCCCACAUCCAGUCCUGCCACCAACAUAUUACUUGUGAGAUAUGCGGGACAAGGCAGCUGAGAAAGAACUUUAAGCGGCACCAGCGAACACAUGAAUCUGCAGGUUCAUUGGAGAGAAUCAAAUGCAAUUACAAGGGUUGUCUUCAAACAUUUUCAAAUAAAUCAAAUCUCCAUCAGCACAUGAAGGCCGUGCACCUUGAACUUAAACCUUUUGCCUGUAGCUUUUCUGGUUGUGGCAUGAGGUUCGCACAUAAGCAUGUUAGAGAUAAUCAUGAAAAGACAGGGAACCAUGUUUAUACACUUGGGGAUUUUGAAGAAUCAGAUGAGCGAUUUCAAUCCAGGCCUAAGGGUGGGCGAAAGAGGAAGUACCCAACCGUAGAAAUGCUGAUUCGGAAGAGGGUUACUCCACCAAGUCAAUCGGAAGAGGGAUCUGACUACCUUGCUUGGUUGCUCGCUCAGACGACUGAGGAUUAGCAAUGUGUCGGGAACCUUUCACAUGAUGUGGAUUGGAUUCUACCACUAUAAAUAUAUUAUAUAUAGGAGUUUGGUAUAUAUCAAGUUCGUUAGGAAUGAUGUGUAUAGUUUUUUAGCUUCUUUGUAUAAUGAGGUUCGUUCCAUCAAAAACUGCAAGUUAGUGUGUCCGAGGUGUUCGAUACAAGGAGAGAACGAAUUCCUCUGUUUUUGUAUUCAUGAAAAAGUUCAUUACACAAGUACGUACGGUACGUAUAUAUAGG